CUCGUUCACUCGCCACAAGUUCUGUCGACCUCAAGGCCGCAGGGUCUCGCGACCGUCACGGUGACAUUGACUUGAGAUCCUCCGAUCUAGUCGGUUCUCGAGCUCUGGUCGUUGGGCUGUUCUCUGUCUGCUUCUGUGCCAGCAAGCUGCAAAGAAAGUAACUUCAAGUUGAAGUUGCUUGAAGGGAAAAGUUGGGCAAAAGACAACUUGAAUGUCACAGGAGACUCAAGUCGAAGACUCGGACAAGAAGUUUGAAAGGCUUGGGAUGAGAACGAAUACGAACACGAUCCUUGUUGGCCCGUCCGUCGUGCUCGUGCCAUAUAGGCGCGAACACGUCCCCACCUAUCACAAAUGGAUGCAAGACCCCGAACUGCGCGAGUUGACCGCGAGCGAGGAACUGACCGUCGAGGAGGAGUUUGGGAUGCAAGAGAAGUGGCAGGUGGAUGAAGAUAAACUAACGUUCAUCAUCCUCGCUCGUGACCCAAAUAAUACCGGCACGUCUAUCUCGAACGAAACCACAGCCUCAGCUCCACCCCCAUCUCCGCCUUCCUCACCUCCCGCCCCUCCGCCAAUUCAGAGUCACGACGGUCCGACCACCCCACUCCCGCUCCCGGAAUGGACUCGCGCACUGCCCAUGAUCGGGGAUGUGAAUCUUUUUUUGAAGGGGACGCUACCUUCUCUGCGGGCAGGUGCUAAGAUCCCAAAGGAACAAGAUCAAGGACGAGAAGAGGGGGAGGAAGAAGAGGAAGAGUUCGAGGCGGAGGUGGAGAUUAUGAUCGCUGACAAAGCCUAUCGUCGACGCAACCUCGCACACGCAGCCCUCGGUCUCUUCUUGACCUACAUCACCUCGCCUACAACAUUAUCCCUGCCCAAUGUCAAUGACUCGAACCUUGCACAUCACCCCGCUCUCCACCCCCGCCAUUUCGUCCUCCGCAUCUCCGAAACAAAUAUCCCGAGCAUAAAGCUGUUUGAGAAAUUAGGGUUCGAGAUCGUGAAAAGGAUAAAGGUGUUUGAGGAGGUUGAGAUGCGGUUGGUUGGGGGUCGAGGAACGAAAAGAGAGGGAGGAGGAGACGAGGAGGAGACCAAGUGGGUGGAGGAGGUGCGGAGGGGAGGAGGGUGGGCAGUUUUGAUGGCGUGAUGAGAGGGGCGAUAGGCUUGAGGGAAGAGGAUGAGGGUGUUUCGAGGCUUGGGGCUCGUAUAUUUUGAGGAAAGGAUGUUACAGGCAGAGAUCGGUACUUUAUUAUACAUACUGGUACAAAUAUAACACAGGCGGGCAUUAAACAUCCUCACGACUGACCGACAAAAAUCAAGCGAUGGAAGAAGAUAGCCCGAAGAAGAAGGGGAAAGCAGACAGUAAACGUCCUCGCGGCGAACCGACAAAAGAUGAACGAAGAAAUAACAGCGGACGAUGAACAAUGUCGUGUAACUAUCAAGGUCGCGACUUGACCACCAGUCCCUCGUCUCCCAUAGCUUGAAGCCGCGUCCAAAGCCCCGGACUCUCCAUCUCCAUCUUCCGCAACAACAUCUUAUGAAGUCCGAUCGAGACGAGCCUCUCAGCUCUUCGACCGCUCAACACUCCGGCAGGAGUCCUCCACCUCGAUUCGAUCAUAUCCACCACACUCGAGUACACAGUGUUCUUGUACACCGGAUGCGAUCGCUCUCGGUGCGGGAUGUCCACGGUUACGUCGAUAGAAGACAGAUGUGGGCAGCGACCGGAUACGACGUCUUGACCGUUCGCGGAGAACUGAAGAGUCAAGGCCUCGAAAUAGGAAAUAUGGAAAGUGUCGAAUACGUGCAGGGAAGUGAGGUUGGGAGUGGUGGAGAUGAUAGAGAUGAACGUGUCCUUCUCGACGCCUGUCUUGAGCGUUAGCUCCCGCAUUGACCCGGCACAAUGUGAAAGGAAGGCGAGGAAGGCGGAGCGUAGAUCGACUGGCGUACGUCGCCAGAACCUGGAAUCCGGGGUCGAAUUUGGGUCAUCGAGUAAGUACUGGCUAUCGAUCUUGAGGGAGGCAAGCUUAGGCGCUCGAACGGUGCUGAAGAAGGUGUGGAAGAAGGUGCCGUCUGGUUCGAUGAAUUCCGCGUCGAGUCGCAGGAGAGCUGGAAUUAUGACAGGAUCGACCGGAUCGUCAAGUCCCUGGACGGAAAGCAUGCACAACCGAAGUUCUUCGAGAUUGAUGCACUGCUUCAACAUGUCAAGAAGGACUUUUGGAUCGAAUUGGGGUGCCUCGUCGAAGUCGUCCUCUUGCGACACAGCGGGGGCAGCCCGUUCCAGGUGAAGUGUCUUCAACUGGGCCCAAGGAAGUGCCCAUUCUGUGAUCAUGGAAUGACGAAGGUUGACGCAUCGGAGGCUGGGCGAAUUGCGAAAAUGGGUCAUGAUGGGUUGCGAUUCGGGGAGAUAACCAGAGGCGUAUAAAGUCAAUUUCUUGAGAAGAGGUGUGGAGUUCGUACUUGCGGACAUCGCGGGAAAGAUGGGUACGUCGAACAACUCGGAGAAGCCAAGGUGCAUACUGAUCUUGAGCCACCUUGGAGCGUGCUCGAAUAGUAGAAGGAGAUAAAGUCCCACGUACAUCGCGUCCUCCGCGGAAGGCAUGCCUAUGUUUACCCCGAAUGAUAACGGAAGUUCGUGCGACCUGGACAGCCAAUUUUUCAGCUCGAUGAGGAACAGGUCGGCGCAUAUUCUCGUCUCAGGUAUGUCGGGGAGCCUGAGGGACGUCCACAAACGUGGAGAGUCAAGCACGAUGGACCUCCAUCUACUGCAGACUCUUAAGAGCGUAAACGGUGCGUAUCCCAAGGCUUCACGAGGGCUGGUACUACUUAGAAGGUACGGGUCGAAGACUGGGGCGGGCAGACAGUGUGCGAAUAUUUCCGAGAGGGUUUCGGAUGGUAGAUGUCGAGUCCUGUCCAUUUUC